UAUACGUCUAUAUGCAUCCAUCGCUGCGUGCGUAAGGUCGUGAUACGUGUUUGGUGUGAAUCUAAAUGUUAUGCAUCAAAUCGAUCGCCGUGUAACAACGUACUAGUGCGUUCAGAAGGCGUGUGAAUCAAUUGUGUCCGUGCAUUUCGAUCAUGGUGUCCAGUGCCGUGCAACACGUUUAACCUCUUACCUGUGAUAGUCAAAACAAUCACGCCCAUUUUGCGCCAUUUUAUGAUUCCAUGUAGCAAGAACUAACUCACCCAGAUUACAUUGAUCGAUCUGUUCUGAUAGUGAUAUUCGUUUAGCGAUCGUUUUAUAGAAAAGAAAAGUUCAACUCCAGUGAAAAUGCAUCCAUCACGAGGAUCGGCAAUGAAUAACGUUUCGUUUCCAGAUUCCUUCGGCCAUCCCCUGUCUGAAAAGAAAGAUUGCUACGAUAGUGCCAACACCGAUUCGGGGUUUCUUUCUGGGCAUAACCUCAACACGUCUGAGAAUAUUGCCUCAAGCGAAAGCUUUUCAUUCGCUAGAAACAAUCAGAGUAGCCCCGUAGAUCUUGCGCCGAGUUCGGACGAGAAGCAAAUUGGUGAAACCCAUUCGAACGUUGAUUCGGGGAUGAUACCAGAUGCCGAACUGGACUCUCGCGAUUCAUGUUUGAUGGAUAUUUGUGAACGUUUCGACAGGCUAAUGAAACGGGACUGGAUGAAAUACUAUCAGCAAGAUGAGAUUGGCGAUACUCAACUUCAUCGGGCCGCAUACGAGGGAAAUGAUGAGGAUAUCAUUCGACUAGUGGCUAAUGUUCCGCGACAGUAUCUAAACAUACAAAACGAUGCAGCACAAACCGGAUUACAUUUGGCUGUUUUGGCUGAUCAUUCGAAGAUUGUUCGACGGUUGUUGGCGGCAGGUAUUAAUCGAACCAUCCGUGAUAAAGAUGGAAAUACGGCCCUUCAUUUAGCAUGCCUCUUGGGCAACAGUAGCGUGGUGAAAGAGCUUUUGAUUUCACACGACACCUUACAAGGCGACGCCAGCAUGCAUUCCCUACAGGAUCUGGAACUGUGGAAUUACGACGGUAAAACGUGCGUUCAUUUAGCCGCGGAAGCUGGCAGCAUAGAAAUUCUGCGAAGCUUAAUCGACGCAGGAGCUGAUAUUAAUGCGAGGGAAGGAAAAUCAGGCUUGUGCCCACUACACAUCAGCAUUGAACAUGGUAACGAAGAAUUGGCUAACUUUCUGCUAGAUGAAUGCCCUCGCGUUAGUUUGGAGACAAUGACAUAUGCUGGACUGACGGCUUACCAACUGGCCCUAAGUCAAGACAAACAGAUUCUGGUCAGCGACUUGACGAAGCAUGGUGCGGCACAAAUAUCUCCUCCUGAAAGCGAUGUUGAAUCAGAUUCCGAAGAUGAAAUGAUUGGUAACUACUAUGGAACGAAUGCGUUCACGCCAACUUUUCCCGGACUAUCGGCCAUCAAUGUGUCGUAGAGCGUCUUUAGUCCCCCAUCUAUCCUCAAAAACUGCAAAACUGUACUAAUAGACGCGCAAUUCAGUUUUGCUCGGAAGCAAAAUGCCAAGGAUUGCAACGAAUU